AUGCAAUAUCACGGUUUAUGGAUUGGUUUAAGGUCGCAACACUCAUUCAAUAACAUAAGUAAUUAUGCUUACAAAUGGAUUGAUGGCUCGAAUACCAGUUUAUUCCAUAACUGGCUAACUACCCCUUUAGUGGGCUCAAUUUCAACAGAGUUGUGUGUUGCAACACUUAGACCUUUAGGAUGGAAAUGGUUUCAGUAUAAUUGUAAUACAACCUUUCUUGAUGGAUUUAUAUGUGAAAAAUUCGCGAUACCCGUGAAGAUUUCGCCUGAGAAACAUCUGCAAUAUGUAUCUAAUACCAUUAGAAAUCAAAUCUAUGCCAAUGAGACCAGUGAUAAAAGUAUUGGCCAGCUGGAGGCUGCUAGUCAGCUUUUGAGUAGAACAUGGGAAAAUAUUGCCAUCAGUCGCAAAAAUGAUACUCUUAAAUUCAUUGUAUUAAAUGAAUCUAUUGAAAUAACUCAAGUUCUGUUUAAUAAAGCUGAAACUUUAAUAAGGGCUGGAUGGAAGAAUGCGUUAGAUCCUAUCCUGGCUACCAUGAAGAAUCUAGAAAAGUUAACAGUUCGGGUUGCUGGUACUCCAUUAAGGAAUCCGAUUGUAAUCCAAACAACUCGAAUGGAAUUAAGAAUGGAAAAAAUAGACACGCCAUAUUCUACCUACAUCGGCCUUCAAACCACUACAAAUAACUGGCUUCAAUUACAUUAUGAUACGAAUUUAGUUAAUAAGUCCAAUGUCGUUGUAAUUAUUUACAAGAACUACAGAUUGUUCUCAGAGUUACCUUCGGAAUCUAGCUUAGACGUCAAUACCAAUAUCGUUUCGUGCUCUUUAGUUUCAACGAUUAAUUCUUCGAAGAUUCAGCCUACUGAAUUUCAAUAUCUGCUUAGUAAUUACAAAGAACGAGUAGCUUUGAGCGACAUUCAGUGUUCAUAUUGGAAUUUUAAUCAAAGUAAUUGGUCAACAUCUGGUUGCAACUUUGUUCGCCAAUACUACGGAAGAACCCAUUGUAGAUGUAACCAUUUAACCCAUUUUGCUGCGUUAAUGAUCGUAACCAACACAACGGUUAACCAGUAUCACUCGAAAAUUUUGGGAACUAUUGGGAUUGCGGGUGUAGUAACAUCAGCCGUUUUUUUACUCUUCACUCUGAUUAUCUUGGUGUCAUUAAGGAAUCUACGAUCAGAUCGUUUUUUUAUACACAAAAAUCUGUGUUUAGCAUUACUACUAGCCAACGUUAGCGCUGUCAUUACAUCGCAAGCUUAUCUUCAUCAUACUGCAUGCAAAGUAAGUGCUAUUAUUCAACAUUUCCUAUUUACCGCUGCCUUUACAUGGAUGCUGGUAGAAGGUCUCCACCUUUACUUAUUAAUGGUCAAAGUUUUUACUUCGGGACGCAGUAAAACGUUCCUAUACGUGUUCGUCGGUUGGGGCAUUCCAGUAAUUAUAGUCGCAACAUCUAUAGCCAUUCGCUUUAAUGAUUAUGGCUCCAAUCGAAUCUGCUGGUUAUCGAUAAAAAAUGGAUUGAUAUGGGCUUUUGUUGGGCCUGUAAUUGCUAUCAUAACGAUCAAUUUUGUGAUAUUUAUCCUAGUUGCCAGAAUAAUAUGUCGGUCUUCAUCUCCCGUUGCAAUUGAGCAGAAAACAGCCGAUUUUGCGACUAUAAAGUCAACUUUGCGAGGUGCCGUCAUACUGGUUCCAAUCCUUGGAUUAACGUGGAUUUUCGGUGUACUUACCAUUAAUGAGCAGACGCUAUUCUUUGAUUAUAUCUUCGUAAUAACUAACUCACUUCAGGGCUUCUUCAUCUUUCUGUUUCAUUGCGCCUUAAACAGCGAGGUUCAAAAUGCAUUAAAAAACAGAAUUGGACAAUAUGAUGCUGUCAAGCAGUUAAAUAAUAGCCCUCAAAAUAAUUCAAACGGCAAGCAAGGGAAAAAUACCGGCAAUAACGUGGAAUCAUGGAAUGGACAUCAUUCGAGUACACUCAAUAAAUUUAAAUCAGAAUUUUAUCAAAAUAAUACCGGUAAUCAUGAUGACUUAGUAGUCGUAAGAAAAUCAUUUGAAAGUAAAUCUUAG